CAAUGUUAUUUAGGGAGUGAGAGAGGACUGUAGUUAUGAUGAGACUGAGACCAGGGCACUGUGGAAUUCAGCACUACAACAGGAUUACACUUUGGGAAACAGUCACCCUGAACUGCAAUCUGAGUCCAACCUCUGAGAGGCAGCAAUGUUCCGCAAGGCAUCUAACCUGCCGGGAGCUCGAGACGAAGAAGAAGAAGAAGCAGCAGAAGAAGCAGAAGAAGAAGAAGAAAGAAGAAGAAGAAGAAUGGCAGCAGAUACAGAAUCUAAACUCCAGUUGGUUCACACACACAUCCGACCUUUUCCAGACUUUCCGAAGAAAGGCAUCUUGUUCAGGCUUAGAUGCUCGUGGUUUCCUGUUUGGGCCUCUGCUCGCCCAGCGCCUGGGUGUUGGCUUUGUCCUGGUCAGGAAGAAAGGCAAACUGCCGGGUACUACUGUGUCUGUGGCAUAUGAUUUGGAAUAUGGCAAGGCCGAGGCAGAGAUCCAGGAGGAUGCAGUGGCUCCAGGUCAGAAGGUUCUGCUCAUUGAUGACCUUCUGGCUACUGGAGGAACAUUGUAUGCAGCCUGUCAGCUGAUGAAGAAGCAGCAGGCUGAGGUUCUGGGCUGCAUGGUGGUCAUCGAGCUAAAAGAACUGAAUGGUACUGACAAACUGAAACCAUCACAGUGUUUUCUCCCUAAUUCAGUACUGAGGACCACAACAAGUCAAACGGCGGGGGCGGGGGCGGGGGCGGGGGCGGGGGCGGGUGUCAUGUCUCCAAGAAAACAAGAAGCCAAACACACGGUUUUACAUUUCAGCCAAUGCUGAGCAGUACUGAGUUAUAAAAUCAUUCAUUCUUUCAUAAACCAUUACUGAUCUGGUUGCAGGGGGCCUUACCCACUAUAAUUUAGACUUAUGACAAAGAGACAAUUCAGGUCCCACAGUUCCCUAAAGAGUCUUAAAAUAUCUCAACAUGUCUAAAAUGUUCUGUUCCAUUCAUCUAAUGCAUGCUGGGAUCACUUCCUGCACACCUGUCUGCCAAAACAGGAAGAAGCAGGUAUGAUGGAUGGAUGGAUUGAUUGGACAGGUAUCAGUUAGAAAAGCAGAACAUUUUAUUUGUGGCAGACUGAAUGACCACACUUGUUUUGUUUUAUUGUAUUUGAUAUCCUACAAAAACAACACAUUCUCUUCUUCAUCUAUUUAUGUAAAAGCUUACACUUCUGUAGGAAGGUGGUGUAUCCAUUUAAAGAAUGGGAAUGUGUGUCUGUCACUUGAGGGCUUAAGCCAUGCAGUGUUAUUCACAUGAGGCAACAGCUGGCUGAUGAACAACAUAUAUAUAUAUUUUUUAUGUAAAUGUAUGCUUUUCGCUGCUUUUGGAUUGAAUGUCUUCACAGUUGUGCACAAAUUGCAUAUUUGAUGAACAUACGAGGUAUCCAGACAUGGCUGCGUCUGUGAGGAGAAGCUCUCAACAUGAUUCCACUAUCUUUAACUAUUUUAUUACAUACAGGCAGUGUAAAAAAAAAUGUAGUAACGCCUUCCAAUACAGCGAAAAGCCAAAUCCAAGUUAAUGGUGAAUAAAUAAAAUAACAACAAAAGCUCAGUUUGUUCUUUGUUGUGGUGAUUUAGAUGGACGGUUCUAUUUAAAACCAGUGUUUACAGUUUACCUAUGACCACUGCUCUUUACUAAUGCAGGUUUUCUGUUUUCAGCAUGUCAUUGUGAUUUUUGUCCUUACUAUUAAAUCAGUUUGUGUUUUUGAACCAGAAAUGUAUUCAUUUAAUAAAGGAAAUACAAUAAACUGAUAAAAGAAAUUAUA